AUGACCUCAUUUCCUAAUAUCUGGACUCAUCGUAAGGUGGCCGAAACUGCUUCUAAGCCUUAUGAGGCUGCCGUGGCUGCCAAGAAGAAGAAAGAAAUGGACGAUGAAAUCGAACGUGUGAAGCAGGAAUUCGAAGAGAAGCAGAGAAAAAAGAAGGAAAAAGAAACUGCAAAGAAAGACGAUAAGGAGAAGGACGUUAAAGAUAAAAAGGAUGGAGGGAAAGAAGAUGAGAAGAAGACUGAUGAGAAGAUAAAGUCGGAUACUCCUACAUCAUCGGCUCAAAGCUCAACACCGGACCAGGAACCUAGAGUGUUUUCUCUCAAAAAAGCAUUCUACCAGCAGAGACUUGACAGAAAGAAGCAGGCGGAGAUUGCAAAACGAAGUCGUGAACGCUUUCAAAACCCGAAUCUGUUUCCCCAAGUCCCGAAAGAUCUCCCUUGA